AUGGAAGUGAUCAGGUGCGAGGAUAGGGAGCUCAUCCCGCUGCCCCCGCCCGACCUGCUGCGCAACUACACGGCCAGGGCGGACAGGGGGGGCAUUGACCGCUCCGACUUGAAGCCCAUCCGCAUUGAGCAGCCUGAGGGACCGAGCUUUCGCGUGAAUGGAUACACCGUGGAGUGGCAAAAGGGGCCGAGCUUCCGAGUGAAUGGAUACGCUGUGGAGUGGCAAAAGGUGGGUGGAGGUGGGUUCAUGCCUAGAGAAGGCUUGGUGCUACACUCCCUAGCAUACGACGAUGGCAGCAGUGGUAGGAGGGGCAUCUCUUCCCAAUUUCCAUCCCUUCCCUCUCUCUCUUACCCUCAUCUCUUGCCCCACCCCCGGCCUCGACCCCACCCGUUCAAUCUCCAGUGGAGUUUCCGAGUAGGUUUUACACCUAAAGAAGGCCGGGUGCCGCACUCACUAGCCUACAACGAUGGCAGCAGCGAUAGGAGGGGCAUUGCGCACUGGCUGAGCGUCUGUGAGAUGGUGGUGCCGUAUGGCGACCCCCACGAGCCCCACUACUGCAAAAACGCCUUCGAUGCCGGCGAGGACGGGCUGGGCAAGAACGCACACUCUCUAAAGAAGGGCUGUGACUGUCUGGCCUUCAUCCCCUACUUCGACACACACAUGAGGAACUUCAUCGGAGGGGUGGAGACGAUAGAGAAAGGGCUCUCCCAUGCCCCACCCCCCUAUCCCCACUAG